GUUGACCCCAAUUGACCCCAAUCAUGCGGCAGUGAAUAUAUCAGGUCGAACUUCAGACUUCCCUCCCGUACGAGGCCGCCUGUACAGACAUGGACACCUGUUGACAUGCCGGCUGAAACUUAGGAACUUCUGACGGUCUAGGGCUAGCGACAGGGAGCCAAUGACGGUUGCCGGCUGUUUGCGGAACUUCGGCGGGCGUUUGCUCCGCCGCAAGUAUGUGGACGCUGCGUCGCUGGAAGACUCUCAGCUGGCACGAUGCCUGAACACGCUCGACCUCACGCUGCUCGGUGUCGGGAGCACGCUCGGGGCGGGAGUGUACGUCCUGACGGGAACCGUUGCCAGGGAAACGGCCGGUCCGUCGAUCGUGUUGUCGUUCCUUGUGGCAGCCAUUGCGUCAAUUCUGGCAGGCCUGUGUUAUGCCGAGUUCGGAGCGAGGGUGCCGAAAAGUGGUUCGGCGUACGUCUACAGCUACGUGACGGUCGGGGAGCUGUGGGCCUUCAUCAUUGGCUGGAAUAUGAUCCUGGAGUAUGUCAUAGGCACGGCGAGUGUUGCUCGAGCCUGGAGCGCAAAUUUUGACUCCCUGGUCGGCAACAGGAUCGAGAACUGGACGCGGACUCACAUGGCGAUGCACGUGUCUGGUCUCGCCGAGUACCCCGACUUCUUCUCCUUAGGACUCACCUUGGUCCUUACAGCCCUACUUGCCCUGGGUGUGAAAGAGUCCACCAGAUUUAAUAACGUGUUCACCGGACUGAACCUGUGUGUGAUCCUGUUUGUGAUGGUGGCAGGCUUCAUCAAGGCAGACGGCAGCAACUGGGCGAUAACACACAGCCAGAUCAUGAAUGAGACCACCAUCAGCACACUGGACGGAGUCGGAGGAUUCUUCCCGUAUGGUGCGUCAGGGAUGUUGUCAGGAGCUGCAACGUGUUUCUACGCAUUUGUUGGGUUUGAUGCUAUCGCAACCACAGGUGAGGAGGUGAAGACCCCCCAGCGAGCGAUCCCGAUCAGUAUCGUGGUUUCCCUCACCAUCUGCUAUGUCGCGUACUUCGGAGUCUCCUCGGCGCUGACCCUGAUGGUUCCGUACUACACGGUCGACAAGAACGCCCCCCUCCCCGCCGCCUUCGCUGCUGUGGGUUUCACUGCUGCUAAAUACAUCAUCGCUGUAGGAGCCGUGUGUGCGCUGUCUACAAGUUUACUGGGUGCAAUGUUUCCAAUGCCACGUGUCAUAUACGCCAUGGCGAGCGACGGGGUCAUCUUCAGAUUCCUGUCAAAGGUCAACGAGCGAACGCAAACUCCAAUUAUCGCCACGGUCCUGUCGGGACUCCUGUCUGGCACAAUGGCUCUACUGUUUGACCUGAAAGAGCUGGUGGAUAUGAUGUCUAUAGGAACCCUGCAGGCUUAUACACUGGUGGCAGCAUGUGUGCUCAUUCUCAGGUGAGGCAGUGUGUGUUAUGUGUGUGUGUGUUUGUUUGUUUGU